AUGAUCAUUAUUUUGCCGAUUCUGCUCACUCUGACGGGGAGUGUUGCCGCCCACCCAACAAGCCAGACCAGAAGCGAGUGCAAGCGUGAUACACCCAACUACCAUGGUGAUGCAGGUGUUCUCAAAUAUGUCAAUCCACGGAUUGGCACGUAUGGCACCACACCGAAUGGCAAUGGGGGAAUGAUUCCAUCGGUCGCGCCGCCGUUUAGCAUGACGCGUUGGACACCACAGACGCGGGAGAAUUUCAUCUCUCAGGUUCCUUAUGGAGACAGCGACCGCCGGAUACAUGGAUUCCAAGCUACACACCAGCCGGCCAUUUGGAUGGGCGAGGCCGGGCAGGUGGUGCUGACCCCUGGGUUGGGCGAAGUGCAACCGCUCUUCCAAAAUCGAGGACUAUCAUUUCGCAAGCAAGACGAAUACAGCACGGCUUACGUGUACGAGGUCCUGCUCGACGCGACACAGCUCAUGGAUCAGGAUUGGAAUGCCACCGCCGAGGCCGUUGGGGAUGGUCCGGUUCCGGGAGGAGCUGGCACGGUACCAGGGACCGUGGAAGAAGGUGCCAAUGGAAGAACGCGCAAGCGUGACAUACAACCAGAGCCGCUAAGCAGCAAUGUCUCCAAUGAAGUUGCCUACCAACGCUCGAUCCAGGUUGCUCUCUCUGCAGACUCCCACGUCGGACACCUCCGGUUCGACUUCGAGCAGGCCGACAAAGUUUCUGAUAGCAAAAAUUUUCAACCUUGGGUGUUCGUCGAAGUCUCUCGACGAAACUGGACGGGUGACGUUCAUAUCGAUUCUGGGCGCAGGGAGGUAUACGGAUACAAUACCGAGCGACAGGACUACCUCCUUGGCCCUGAUCAUGCGCCUUCCUUCAAGGGAUAUUUUGUUUCUCGGUUCUCGGAGCCCUUCGUGGAAAUUGGCGUGACCAACGGCAACGAGAUUAUCACGCAUGCGCACCAACGACAUGGUAACUUCACAGGGGCCUACGUUAAAUUCCAGAGAGACGUAUCCCGCGUCGAGGUACGGACUGGAGUGUCAUAUGUCAGUGUUGACCAAGCACGCAAGAACUUGGACAUCCAGGUACCUGAUAAAGCAUCCUUUGAAAGCACCGUUGGAAACGUGAAGCAGGAGUGGCUCGAGAAACUUGGCCGCGUCACGAUCGAGGGAGUCAACGAUACCGAUCCGGGCAAUGAUCCUCGCACCAUCUGGUACUCGGGUCUUUUCCACGCAAUGCAGUAUCCAAGUGACUUUUCGGAGCCGACCUCUGGAAGGAAGAAUGGGACGCGUGUUUUCUAUUCGGGAUACACGGAUCAGGUACACGAGGGAAGUGACUCCUAUUACCAGUCGUGGUCUAUCUGGGAUACGUACCGGGCAGAGCAUUCCCUUCUCACCCUUUUUGCCCCAGAGCGAGUGAACGGUAUGAUGCGUACACUGCUUCGCAUCUUCGACUGGUCUGGGUGGUUGCCGAUGUGGGCGAAUCUUGUUGAAACAAACAUCAUGAUCGCCACGAAUGCAGACGUUGUGCUCGCUAAUGCACUGCAACGUGGGUUCCGAGGCUUUGACAUCGCAAAGGCAUGGGCUGCCGUCCAAAAGGACGCAUAUACCCCUCCGGAUCACGAUAUAGAGCUUCUCUACUAUGACCGAGAACCAGGCACUUCUUACGAAGCUCGAGCUGGACUCACUGCUUAUAUGAAUCAAGGGUGGGUGUCCAAUGAUGGCUGGGCCGAGUCUGCGAGCCGCACGCUGGACUAUGCAUUCAAUGAUUAUGCCUGCUCCAUCGUUGGUAGUUACGCUGGAGCUGAUCAAAAAGUUCUCACCGCACUUCGGGACCGCAGUCGAAACUACGCCAACCUCUGGAAUAACGACACCCAAUUCAUGCAAGCUCGCAACGGGAAUGGGACAUGGGCCAAUAUAACCUGGGGUUGGACUGAGGGCGAUGACUGGGUGUAUACAUUUGAUGUGAUGCACGACGUCGAAGGACUUGCCAAGCUCUUUGGCAGUCGGGAGUCUAUGCGCAACAAGUUGGAUGCACACUUCCAAGGAGGGCACAAUGAUCAAACCAAUGAGCCGAGCCAUCACGUCCCUUAUCUUUACUCAGUCCUUGGCUACCCAUCGCAAGCCGCAGAGGAGAUUCGAAACAUCGCCUGGACAUACUACAAUGCCACUAGUGGUGGACUUAGCGGUAAUGAAGAUCUUGGUCAAAUGAGCGCCUGGUACAUCUUCUCGGCCCUGGGAUUUUAUCCCGUCAACCCGGCCAGCGAUGAGUACGUCAUUGGCACACCUUUCUUCGAGAAAAUAUCCAUCCGCCUGCCAUCAGAAGCGUCCACGGGAGGUGUCAUGGCCGAGCAGAAAGAUAAGGUUCUCGUCAUUAGUGCACCCGGCGCACCCACCAAGCCGUAUAUCAAAGGCUUGAAAGUCGAUGGAAUGGAAGUUUCCAUGCCGAUCCUGCGGCAUAGUCAAAUUGUUCAUGCAACCUCAAUCGAGUUUGAGAUGAGCGACGUCCCUACAUCAUGGGGCACCACGCCCUCGUGGUAA